CCACCUAUAAAUCACCCACAGCUGUUCAACAAUCCUUCUCAGAACACCAUCAAAAGCCCAAAAGAAACCAUUUCAUCCAAGAAAUCAAACCAAACCCAUUCCCAGGUCACUCCCCAAACCAAGAAGAUCCAGAAAAAAUGGAUAUCAGGCUAAUGGGUCUCGACAACCCACUCUUCCACGCCCUCCAACAGGUGAUCGACGCCGCCGAUGGCGAAGCCGGCAACGACAAGUCCAAUGCCCCCACAAGCACCUACGUUCGUGACGCCAAAGCAAUGGCGGCAACGCCGGCCGACGUGUUGGAGUACCCCAACGCCUACGCAUUCAUCAUUGACAUGCCAGGGUUGAAAAGCGGUGACAUCAAGGUUCAGGUGGAGGACGACAAUGUGUUGGUGAUCAGUGGAGAGAGAAAGAGGGAGGAGGAGAAAGAAAGUGCUAAGUUUAUGAGGAUGGAGAGGAGGGUUGGGAAAUUCAUGAGGAAGUUUGUGUUGCCUGAGAAUGCUAAGAUUGAUGGCAUCUCUGCGAUUUGUAAAGAUGGAGUGUUAACUGUUACUGUUGAUAAGUUGCCUCCUCCGAAGCCAAAGAAGCCCAGGACCAUUGAGGUCAAGAUUGCUUGAGGUUCUUUAUUUCUUGGUUGCUACUCUGUUAUGCGUGACUAGCGCUGUGUGGUGUUUUAAGUUUAAUAUUUUAUGGGUCUAAUUUCUGUUUUUUUGAAUUGUGCUUUAAGAUCACUGGUGUGAAAGUAGAUAAGUAAUAAUUGUUAUGAAUGAAAUAUAUGAAUUAUGUUUUAUGAAUUUAUAAUUAUUUUUUUUUUCGCCUCUUUCUCCUUUUUGUGGGUUUUGUUAUUAUUUCUUAUGGGAGUUUUAGGGUAUUUUUUUUAGAAAAUCUGAACGAAACUAUUUUGUCCCUUCAUUGUUUCUAAGAACAGAGUAAAGAGCAUUAUUGAAAAUUUAAAUGAGCAAUUUGACUUCACGCAGGAUUUUGGCAUUGUAUGUUAAGUUUUGAGCUUUUACCCCAAUUCAUGGGGUUUUACAAAAAUAUAUUCAAAA